AUGGGGGAGGGUGCACUGUCCUGCCACGGGGCCAAAGUGGUGCGCAAUCUGGUGAAGCGUCUCGCAAGGCCGGUCAAGGUGGACGAAACCGGUGGCUUGAAGCUGUUCCCGGGUGUGGAAAUUGUGGAGUUGACGAACGGAGCGGAAGAACGGGAACGAUCGUUCAACGAGGUGACGGAAGAGGAGCGGACCGUGUUCGGGCGCAUCGGAAAGUAUCUGCAGAGCCACGAAAUUAAGAUCAACUUCGGGCAGCUGUUGAAGCGCAGCGACAUCCAGGAUGCGAUCCGGACCGCGUUCGGUUCGAUGGAUCAGGAAGUGAUUGCCGAUGUCGCAGAAGCUCGCAAGAAGGAUAAGGGAGGUCUGGGUGCUAUCAUGAUGAUGGGGCUGAUGAUGGGCAAGCUACUGGCCGCUCUUGGCUUCGGAGGCGUCGGUCUGCUGGCACUGAAGGCGCUCGGUGUGUCGAUGGUUGCGCUGCUGCUAUCGGCCAUUCUGGGAUUGAAGAAGCUGACGGAACAUGGUGACCACAAGGGACGACACAACGAUGAACACUUCGAGGUGCACUCGGAAGACCACGUGGAGCAUGGUGCCCGAAAGCGUCGCUCGGUGGAGGACGAAGCGGCCGCCAACGAAAUGGCCUACGGUGGGUGGGCACAAAUUGUCAAUUAA